AUAUGAAGAUGCAUUAAAAAGUUUAGCUUCAGGAUUACAAUCAAAUCCAAAUGAUGUAAAAUUAUUAUCUAAUCGAGGAAACGUAUAUCGUGCACUACACCAAUAUGACAACGCGUUAACUGAUUUCAAUUAUGCCUUGAAAUUUUGUCCAAAAAAUGUAUUUGCUUUAUUGAGUCGUUCUAAA